AGCGUUCCUCGCUGACUGCUCGGACUCCUCGAGCCGCAUUUAAAAAAAAAAUCACUUGCUAGUAAGCCCAACUGGUGACAAUGUCUGCCCUUAACCAUGGGACACUGAAGAUAAAAGCAACACGAUGGCUUUUUGUGCAGGCGCUACUUAACCUUGCCCUGCACACGACUUCUGCAAUCAGCUCCGACCCAUUCGAAAAGAAGUGCAACCCUGAUGAAGUGGAGUACCGUAAUUUUUGUUAUUAUUUUGAGUUUGACAAUAAAACCCUGGAAGCUGACUGGGAGGCUGCUGAGAAUUACUGCAGAGCAAGGAAAGGUCACUUGCUCAGCCUCCACUCUGUUGACGAGGCCAACUUCGUGAAAGCUCACAUGCAAUCGAAUAGCACCUGGCUUGGAGUGAAGAAGUAUACGGGAAGGAAGGCAAUGUACAGUGAUGGAACAUGGCCAGACGAAAACCCUAACUACAGUGUAAACUUGGAUAGGAUGACGGACCCCUAUUGUCUUAGGAUCACCAUGUCUGAUGGGUUCCAAUACGCCCAUUGCAGAAAUCAGAAUUCCUUCAUCUGUAAAAAAGGCCAGACACCCAAUCUAAAUCAGACAGUUUGGAGUGACGAAUGCGGUCGGUGGGUGAACAACCCCUCAAACAACUUCUGUUACUGGUUCAACAACAACUUUUGGACAACUUGGGACGAGGCGCAAGAUAUGUGCUAUCUGAAGGGCGGGAACCUGCUCCGCAUCACUGAUCUCAAGGAACAAACCUUCCUGCACGACUAUAUUCAGGAGUUCUGGAACGGCAUCUCUCUGUGGAUGGACGGCAAGAGCGAAAAUGGAGAGUUUUGGUGGGCGAACAACAGAUUACAGCGCCCCCCAUACAUACGUUGGAGUUCAGUGAAAGAGUCCGACUCUCCUUCCCGCUGUCUUUCCUUCGUCGUUGGCCAAAGCGUUUGGAAGGAAGAUGACUGCUUCAACUUUCAAGGCUUCAUCUGCGAGAAAGAAAAGGCAACGCAAGAUUGACUGGCUCGUGACUGGAAGUUACUCUGAGAUGGAAGACAACAAAAACAUGCUGACUUAUGUCCUGCAGAACACCUGUAGGACUUGCCUCAUGCCAACAUCCUUUAAAAUGUUAUCUAUUCUGCUUCGACAGAGCUUUUGAUUGCUUAAACUGACUUUUGAAUUAUUCUUUACGUUUGAAAACAAUAUUCAUAUAUUUUCUGUGCUUGAUUAUGUAACCCAAUGAUUCUUUCUUUCCAAAAACCAAUUAUUUAUGUAAAAGUUGAUGCAAAUAAAAAUAAAACGCAA